AUGGGUCUGGGGGUUCUCGAAUACACCAAGCUCGAGCAUGUCCCGGGGACUGCUACUCUGAACGAGCUGCACGCGACACCAGACAGCCACGAUCAUGCAGCCUCCCUUCGCGCCAACCUCAAGCGAGAUCCAAAGAGUGGCAUCAUCCUUGUCCCACAGCCUUCGGACGAUCCCAACGAUCCUUACAAUUGGCCCCGUCGGAAGAAAGAGCUCUUCACCAUAUCCUUCAUGUUCGGCUGUGGCGCCGUAGGAGCCGUUGGUCCAAUACUAGGCCCCGCGUUCGUCCAGCUGUCGCAGCAGUUUGAAGUUUCCCUCACGAUUUGGAACGUUGGGAUGCAAGGAGGCCUAAUUGGGUGUAUUGGACUCGGUAGUCUGUUUUGGAACAGCUUGGCCGUCAAGUACGGCAAGCGACCAAUCUAUCUCUUCACGACCCUCGGAUUGAUGGUUACUUGCUUUUGGGCCGCCGCUUCCAAGUCCCUGAUUUCUCUCUUUGUCUCGAGGCUGUUUACUGGAUUUUGCAUGGCUCCCCUUGAGGCCCUUGUGCCCGCCUCCAUUGCUGACGUAUGGUUUGUCCACGAGAGAGGCUUCCGUUCUUCUCUUUUCAACCUCGGCGUCCUCGGCGGCAUUAAUUUAGCUUCUGUCAUCAGUGGGCCAAUCAUUGAAUAUGCAGGAUUUCGUGCUACCUUGUACGCCAUGGGCGGCGCUUUCGGUAUACAUCUGAUUAUGGCAAUUUUCUGGAUGCCGGAGACCGCCUUUGCUCGGCACACACAGACAGCCUCGAACGCGCAAACCAAGUCCUCGAAGGACAAAGAAGGCUCAGAAAUUCAGUCCACUGUUGAAGAGGUAGAUGACGCCGCUAAAGAAUCCGGCCACGUCGCUGGCGAUAUUGAUCAGGCUUCGAUCCGUCCCCAAUCCUGGGCCAAGUCCCUCGCGCCAUACAGCGGCUACAAGAGCGACGCUUCGUUUUGGAAACAUUUAUUUCAACCCUUCAUCAUGGUUGUGUCACUGUCAGUCUUCUGGGGUUCGAUUCUUUUCUCCAUCUGCAUCUCGUGGCUUGUCGGCAUCUCCAUCAGUCUCUCCCAAAUCUUCUCGGCCGAGCCCUACAACUUCUCCGUUACUGCGGUAGGGGCCAUUAACGCCUCCUCGUUCAUCGCCUCAGUUCUGGGAAUGGUGAUUGCCGGGCCUUUCACCGACUGGCUUGGAACGGGCCUGGCGAAACGGAAUGGUGGCAUCUACGAGCCAGAGUUCCGUCUCCCCAUUAUGGCGGCGUACCUUGCCUUCACAGGCGCGGGAUUCUUUGCUUGGGGGCAGUCGAGCUACGCCAAAGACCCGUGGCCGGUUCCCGUUGUUGUAUGCCUUGGUAUGAUCAACCUGGGCAUCCAGCUCGGCGCCACCGGGGUCAUCACGUAUGUCGUCGACUGCCACCGUGACCACGCCAGUGAGGCCAUCGGCGUCAUGAACUUUAUCAAGAACAUGUUUGCCUUUGGGUUGGUCUUCUACCUAAAUGGCUGGAUCGAGACCCAAGGCGUCCGUGCUUGUUUCUUCGCGAUAGGAGGCAUCACCGUUGGAUGUUGCCUCACUGCCGUUCCCAUGUACAUUUUCGGGAAGCGUGCCAGAGGUUGGAUUGCCUCAAAGAAUAUCAUCGGCAAGCAUCAGGAUAUGGAAUAG